AUGCGUACAAGAAGCAGGGCUGGUGCUGUGUCAGGAGCCAAGGACCCGGAGGAGGAUGCUUCCCCGUCGCAGGAGGUAGAAGACGCCGAGGAGGCUACCUCGGGCAGCGACGACGAGGCACCCGAGGAGGAGCAAUUUGAGGCUUCUAAAAAGUCGGCGGCUGAAAAACGCCAAGAUGAGAAGAAGGCGCGACAGGCUGCCUCUGCACAGAAGAAGCAGCAGCGGCGCAGCAGAGGAGGGGCCGCCGAAGCGUUGCAGGGGCCAGAGCAGCCUGCUGCUGAAAACGAGGAUCGACCUGGCCCGCCCGCUGAGGCCAGGCCUACGGUUGCCGACGAUGCUGAUGCAGGGGAGACGAGUGGGGCCGAGGAGGAGUUGGACCUCCUGCCUAACGAAGUGCUCGACGCUGUGGCGCAGACCAGCGCGCUGAACCCCCAGCGGGCCCGGGAGCGCAGCAUCGUCUCCCAGCACCUGAGGGCGGGGAUGGGGCCCCAGUCCUCUGCGCGCAAGCGUCGCAGGGUCGUCAAGGGCAAGGCCACCGGACGCGUCGCCGGACCCGUCACGGUCAAGGUCCUGGGCGCGGUCCAGUCGACGCACGCGUCAGAAUCUGCGCGGGCCUUCCUCAAGCUGCGGAGGUAUGGCCCCAGGGUGGAGCGCUCCACGGCCAUGCUGCGGCCCGUGAGGGUCGACGGGGUCUAG